ACCGACGCCCGCGAGCGUCUACGACAAAACUUCCUCGACCAUGACCCGCAACAGCAUCCAAACCGAUGGGAGCAUCUCUGGCAACAAGAUGACCUGCCUUGGGACAAAGGCUUCGCUUCGCCUGCUCUAGCCGAUGUUCUGGCGGACAGAAAGGACUUGCUUCCAGUAACAUCUUCCGACCGCCGUCCUCGCGCUUUGGUGCCCGGAUGCGGCAAAGGGUAUGAUGUGCUCUUGCUUGCCAGCUGGGGUUAUCAUGCCGUCGGUGUUGAGGCCGCUGCUACAGCUGUCAAGGCUGCCAAUGCCGAGUCCAAGGGCUGGGAGGACAAGCCUGAGUAUGCCGUCAAGGAUGAAGCCAAAGGCCGCGGAAGUGCCAGAUUUGUUUUUGGUGACUUUUUCGAGAAGGACUGGGAGAAGGAGGCGCUCGGCGAGGAUGGCUCGAAGGAAGGGCAGUGGGAUCUGAUCUAUGAUUACACUUUUUUGUGUGCUUUGCCACCGGCCUUGAGGCCCAAGUGGGCAGCUCGCCAGUCAUCUCUGUUGUCGCCAUCUGGUCGUCUGAUCUGUCUCGAGUUCCCUACUUACAAGCCUCCGUCUACUGGCGGUCCGCCAUGGGCCCUCCGUCCGGAGACCUAUCUUGCACACUUGAACCAGCCAGGUAAGGAUGUCGAGUAUGAUGAGGAAGGGCUUGCUGUUUGGAAGGAAGGUCAGGUGCCUGGAGAUGGCGCCUUGGAGAGAAUUGCGCACUGGAAGCCAGAGAAAACCCACAAGAUUGGUGAGGGUACUGACAAUGUCAGCGUCUGGAAGAGGAGAUGA